GUUCAAAGACUAUCAGCUUUGAACUGCACGGGAUGAAAAAAAAAACCAGCUGGGUAUGGAAAUGAAAUCCCAGGAAGCCACAUACGUUGGGAGCUGAGCCAUUUGGAGUGAUAUCACAGCAAAGAACCAACCCAAUUGAGCACAAACAAGAACUUCUGAUUUGCACUCUCUACCACAAAUGAUUUCAUUCCUAUAUGAGAACUAUAUAUGUAUACAUAAGCAAAAACCAAACCAAAGAACUGACUUACCAUUAUUGUUUACAGGGAAUGAAGAACUCAUAAGACAUACAUUCAUCAUCAUCAUCAUCAAGCAG